AUGAAACAAGGUUCAUGAAAAUUCACUCAAAACGGCGACCAGGACGGCGGCGACGGCAUAGGUGGCGAUCUCUACUGGCAAUAGCGAGCAUUAAAGCAAUAUAACAAUCGGUCAUGGGGACUGAAGAGCCAAAAAAGUCAUUGAAAGGGAUGGAGUGGAUUGCUAUGGAUGAUUCUGCACAAAAAGAGGCCAGUGGUAAACCAGUUAUCAAGAAGCGGCUUCCCAAAAGGGUAAGGCAAAUUCCAGAAUUCUAUUUUCUUCCUCGAAGAUCCUUACCCGCUAACAUUGCCCUCUAUGGGUCAAUUAUUGCUGCUGGAGUUGGUGCUGGGAUGUUGGUGGAGAUAUGGAUAAAGAAGAAAAUUGCGGAGGAUGGAGAUACUGUCCUUUGGGAGUUGAAAUAAAGCAGCAUUGUGAGGUCCUCCUGCCGUUUGUUUUUCCUUUUUCUUUAACCUUUCUAUUUUUUAUGGGCCUUUGGUUGUUAGGAAAUCCUAAUGGCUUUAAAUGCUGAUGUUAUGUUUGUUCUUGGGGGCAGAAUUCCUUGCUAGCAAAAUAAGCAAUCAAGGGAUCCCAUUAGUUAAUUUGAAAGGCACACUUAUAUUUUCUUUCCUUUUACUCUAGUAAAAUAGUGCAUGAGUGAUGUUUUGCUCAAUGCUUUUGUUACUAGCCUUCCUCACUACUCUUUUAAAUUUCUACUGAAAUUUGAAGAACUUGGGUAUAGGUUGUCUCUA